AUGGGAGUGGUCAGAUCCGCGAUUGAGCAGCAUGCACAAGAAGAAGGACUGAUAACCAACAACAACUUGAUUGAUGAGAGACCGGGAAACGUCGGUGGGAAAUUCGCAGUUACCUACGCCGUCGUCGAUGUGGGAUGUGAGCAGUUGAGAAGCUUCAUCACGGGAGCGAAAGAGAUGUCGCCGAUUAUCAACUUUGUCACGGUUGAAUGCGACGGGAAAGAAACAGUUUUAUAG